AUGAGGGAAACCACAGCAGAGAUUGCGAAGAAAAAGAUGAGGCCAGAUCAAGAUUGUGACGACCGUCCUGCUCGAGAUUUCUCCGGAGCAUCAGUCUACUAUAAUGAAUACGGUGAUAUUCUCAAAAUCUCCCUCCCAACAGACUUUUCUCUUGCUUGCAUUACGGGUCUUGUUCCAGGAACCACGCCUCAAGAGGUCGUCGCUAUCCUGCGUGAUUUGGGCUUCAACAUAGACUCCGAAUGCGUUCGCAUCCUUGAACAUUCGGCAUCCGCGGGUGUAAGGGCUACGGCAAAGGUAGAAGACCCGACGUUUGCAAAAGAGCUUAGCGUCAAACUUCAGAAUCAACAAACAGCCCUCAGCGCGACGCCAAUGCCGAUUGAUGCUAGGCGGACAAACUGCAGAAAAGUGUACAUUUCAUGGCACAAAGCCACCCAGGGUGUAUGGUUGAAUUUCGGUAAUGGCGAGAUAGCGAACAGGGUUGCGCAGAGAUUCAACGAGGGUACGUACACAUGCCUUGGUCAGUCUGUCAAGUCUUCUGCUGGAAAGAACAGCCAGGAUCAGCGGGGUGGAGGAGGCUUCCCGUACAACCCUGUAUCUUGGACCAUUAUAUUGAGCGAUGUGCCCAACGGUACGACGGUCAGGGACAUCCAAGAAAGUAUCACAUUGCGGUGCGAUAGACCUCGACACAUUGAGGUGGGCGUGUUGAGCUACCAAGCUUCUCAUGCGGAAGUCAGCGUUGAGGUUCGCUCGCGCCUGGAGGAGCAUGGCCCACUUGAGAACUUCUAUCUCGCUCCCACAUCCACGGGGAAACGAGUCAAAGCUACCGCUUGGUUUCAAGAUGAAGCUGACGCCAGAUCGGCGUGCUCAUUAAAUAACAAGCCACUCACUAUCUUGGGGAAAGGCAACGUAACUGUUACCCUGGUGCAAUCAGCUAAGAUCAAAGUUCUGACGACCAUUUACUUGGCCUCGAAAGCCAGAAUUGGCACGGAGAGCAUAACUUGGAGAGAACAGCAUCUGGCGUUCCGAGUCUACACUGGCACUUUGUAUACGACCUUGAAAGUCGAGGGCGACAACAUGCAAGCCGUUGCAAAUGCGCGCCGAACGCUUGAAGAGAUUUCGAUUGGGGUGGUCCUUGAGGAUGGAGGGAAAGUAAUUUGGGAUUCAGCACUCAACACCACUGGAAGCGUAUACAAGAAGCUCAAGUCACUGGAGAGAGACCUUAGUGUUGUUAUCGUCAGAGAUAAAUCAAAACGCCAACUCCGGUUUCACGGGCCAUCUGAGAAAUUGCAGCUUGUAAUACGCCAAAUUGCCGAUAUCAUCAGAACGGAGUCCUCCACCAGCUACGAAAUUGACCUCAAACCUCACCAAUUCUCAUGGACGAUCAAUGGUGGCUUUAAGAGCAUUGUACAGGCUUUGGGCAACAACGUCGCGGUCUUCAAUGUGGUCUCGAAGAGAAUCGUCAUCAAUGGUACACAGCAGCAAUACGAAGCCGCCAUGGCAAUCAUGGACGGCAAGCCUGCUAUCGAACUCCGCUCUUCACUAGAUGGCGCAACAAGGUCCGACGGAUGCUGUCCAAUCUGCUUCUGCGAAGCCGACACUCCUAUUCAGACUUCGUGCGAGCACACGUACUGCAUUGAAUGCUUUGAAGGAUACUGCAAAUCUGCCGCAUCGACUAGCAAGAAAGAAGUCCAAAUCAAGUGCCAAGGGGGCGGAGGCACUUGCCCGACCAUCUUCACUCUACGCGAAUUAGAGAACCAUGUCUCGUCAUCAGUAUUCGAAGCUGUUCUCAAAUCAUUCUUCGAAGAUUAUAUCCAACGCCACCCUGAGACCUUUCGCUACUGUCCAACUCCGGAUUGUGGCCACAUAUAUAGAUGCACUACAAGUUCAGGGUCGAAGCCUGCUGUGUACACUUGUUCCAACUGUUUUGAGAGGCUUUGUACCUCUUGCCACGAGCGACAUGGGGAUUACACAUGUGCAGAAUUCAAAGACAUUGCAUCGGGUGGUCACGCGGCGCUCGAGAGACUGAAGAGGGAACUUAACAUCAAAGACUGUCCUAAAUGCAUGACGCCGAUGGAGAAAACAGAGGGGUGCAAUCAUAUGACUUGUGGGGGUUGCAGGGCACACAUUUGCUGGGUAUGCAUGAAAGUCUUCGAGGCGAGCGCACCGUGCCAUAGUCACAUGAACGAAGUCCAUGGAGGCAUCGGGCUUGGGCUCGAUCAUUUGAGGGAUUGGUGA